GCCCUAUUUUAUGAAACCCUAACUGAAUUCUCACUCUCUCUCAUCGUCUCUCCCCAUUAACGCCUCUCUCGCCGUUAACCAUCCGGCACAGCCACCGCCGCCGACGUCACCACUCCUGCACAGCAGCGUCUCUGCAUCUCCCUUCAGCCGCGGAGAAGGUGGAUUCUCUGCACUUGAAGAACUUCUCUCGAAAUGAAAAUGAGAGGAAAUUGACAUUUCGUUAAUGGAAUUUUGAAGAUCUUGCUCGCUCAUGGGUGACCAGUCCGAUGAGCCGCUUCCUCCAGGAGUACAAUCUCUGCCGCGCUCAUCGUUUGAUAACACGGCAUCGAUGCCAGGUUCCAAUUCAAGAAGCAGCCUUUUCCCUCUUGGCCUUUCAGAGGCGUCCAAAGUGGAUGCUGGUGAAGAAGCAAUCGUGCAGACUCGUGAGCAUACCGGCAGUUCCGGUCUGCAAUAUGAAAGAUUUAGUAAUAUUGAAGCUGCUGCUCAGACGGCUGUGCUGCAUGAGCAAGAAAUAGCCACUCAAAGGAUCUUUCAGAGCCAGAGAGGGUCAAAUAAUGCAAGUGAACAUUUGGAGGAUAAUAAGGAUAUUUUGUCUGGACGCCAUGACCCAAAUGCUCUAAAGGAGCAUCUUCUGCAAAUGACCUCAACACAUCGAACAGAAAUGGCCUCUAAACGGGGCAAGCCCACCUCCGUGGAGGAAGGCAAUCUGGAAAUAGGGAAUGGGUAUGGUGUGCCUGGUGGAGGUGCUUAUUAUGGUGCUCCGGUACACAAUGAAAAAAGCCAAAAGAAUGCCGAGCUUAAUGGGGAGUCUGGACAGAAUUCAGCUUCUAAAGAUUUACCUGAAUAUCUUAAGAGAAAGUUGAGAGCAAGAGGUAUCCUAAAAGAUGACAAAAACAUAGGAUAUCUGUCAGAAUCAGAAAAUAGAUCGGAUGCUCAAUCAACUCAAGCAACGGCACCUGGAAAUUUGCCCCCUGGAUGGAUUGAAGCUAGGGACCCUGAAAAUGGUGCUGUGUUUUAUCACCAUGCGAGUUCAGGGAAAAGCCAGUGGGAAAAACCUAUGGAAGUGAAGAAACCUAUUGAAGUGGAAAAACCAAUUGAAGUGGCUCCUGCUGCUGUCUUUGCAACCUCAUCUCUUCUCGAGGAUUGGAUAGAGGCACUUGACGAAAUAACAGGUCAAAAGUAUUAUUAUAACAGGAAGACCAAUGUGUCACAAUGGGAACAUCCAGGAGCACAGCAGCAGGCGGCUCCACAGCAUUAUGAGAUGAUGGUCUCCCCUAAUGCAAUGGGUGGAAAUUCGGAAGAUAAGGCUUCCCCUUUUCCUAGGUGCUUGGGAUGUGGUGGUUGGGGAGUGGGUCUGGUGCAGUCUUGGGGCUAUUGCAAUCACUGCACUCGACUUCACAAUCUUCCACAGAGCCAAUACUUGUCAAUCUCUCAAAACCAUAACCAACCAAAUAUUGUUGGAAAUCAAGGGCACUUGGAGAAGAAGCCACCCCAACAAAGGUCUGAUACGAAACCCCCGUCUUGGAAAAGCUAUAAGGACAGCAAGAAGCGUGCACACAAUGACGAAGAUGACCUGGACCCCAUGGAUCCAAGUUCAUAUUCGGAUGCUCCUCGUGGCGGUUGGGUUGUAGGCCUCAAAGGUGUACAGCCAAGAGCAGCAGAUACCACUGCCACGGGCCCUCUUUUCCAGCAGCGGCCUUAUCCAUCCCCCGGGGCAGUCCUACGUAAAAAUGCUGAAAUUGCAUCUCAGAAGAAAAAGCAUAAUUCUAAUUAUUCUCAAAUAUCCAAGAGAGGGGAUGGGAGUGAUGGUCUUGGUGAGGCUGAUUGAAUGAGGCUACGUAUCGAUGCACUUGUCUCGGGUUGAAUGCGUAGACUUAGUGCACAGUUUUGAUGUUCCCCUUUUCUUGAAGCUUUGGCAUAAAAUGCAGAUGGUAUGUUGAAGGUUGUAGUAGGUCAGGUGUCUGUUUGUUAUCUUGCACAGAAUCAAAUCAUACAAAUUUUAUUCCAAAUCGAUUUAUGAGUUUAA